AUGCCUUCUCUGUGGAUAUGUGACUGGGUGAGUUGCCAAUCCCCAGCCGUUCAACGGGCCGGGAAUUGCUUGCUCUGCGACAGGCAUCUUUGCCGAACUCACUUGCGGGACGAGUGGCACACGUGCCCGAAGCCAGAGACGAACUGGGACGAGUACAGCGCUCGGUAUGUUGCAGCAGAGUCCUGGCGGCUAGACGAGCUGUGCCGGCGGAUCGACGGCCAGAAGCUGUGCACGCGCGCGUCACAGGUACGCGGUGGCACCAACGUGCCGUGCGCGAUUGACCUCUCGCCGAAGAAGCUUUUGGUCAUGAUGGGCGGACAGAACUGCCAUGCCGAGGUUGUGUUCGCGGACGGCGUGGUGUGGCUCGCGCGGUUCCGGCUGUCCAGCCCCAUAUCGCCGCCGCCAGAGGUGCGUGACUACGUGUUGCGGAGCGAGGCUGCGACCAUGGAGUUUCUGCAGCGCCAUACGCGUAUCCCCUCCCCGCGCGUGUUCGACUGGGCCUGCGAGUGCGAUCCGGCGAAUAUGGUAGGCGUUGGUUAUAUACUGAUGGAGAAGCUGCAUGGCGCGCCGCUGGGCUGGCAGGGCGCAACGACUGCACAGAGGGAGAAGGUCGUGCAGCAGCUCGCAGAUAUCAUGCUCGAAAUCGAAAGGCACCCUUUUGACAGGCUCGGAUCGCUCGUGGCGACGACAGCAAUGUCGGGAGGCGAGAUUGCACUGGCGGCGGCGGCAGCCGAGCCCCAGAUACAGGUGCAGGGUCUGGCACAGCAUUCCACGUUCCGGUCGGGCGAGGACGGCAGACCGCCGGGGUCGUUCUGCUCAUCGCGGGAGGCCUCGCGUGCUCUCGUGGAGGCACACCUCCGGAUGAUCGCUGGUGGUGAAAUCGGGACGGCCGAGAACGCGGUGAGUGUGUUUCUGGCUCACCGAUUCCGACUCGACGUUCUAGAUAGAGUCUGGAAGUCGGCCACGGUAGCGGCGGAGGAGGACGAGAAAUUCUUCCUAGAGCACGCGGAUGACAAGGGUGACCAUAUCUUGGUAAACGCCGACUUUGACAUCGUGGGCGUCAUCGACUGGGAAUGGUGCAGCACCGCGUCGAGGGAAGAGGCCUUCUCCUCGCCGUGCGUGAUGUGGCCAGUCGCAGAGUUCUACGACGGCUCGAACGAGCUGGCGGACGAGGAGCUGCUCCUGGCCCGCGUGUUCUGCGAGAGGGGCCGCGAGGAUCUCGCCCGCUGCGUGCUCGACGGACGGAAGGUCCAGAGGUUGUUGUUUGCACUCGGCCCAGGCGGCGCGUCGCACGAGGACAGGAGGACGUUUGCCCGUCUUUUCAUGGGCCUCAAGCGGGCACUCGAUCCGGGGCAUGGUAGCAAAGGAGAAAAGCGAGGGAGAGAGGAAGAAGAGUGGGAGAGGUGGAUGGCAAGAGCGCUUGUGAGGUGGGAACAUGACGGUUUGUUGCAGGCCGUACUGGAGAGCAAAUGA